CCCUUUGACCCCCUUCCCACCCGACGCCUCCCUCACGAAGCUUCCUCGUCUUGACCCCAUCCCCUCCCCUAUUUAUCACCCUCCACCUCCACUCCUCACCUCCCCAAGAACCACUUCACUACACCAUUUCACCUCCCGCAGCAGCCAACCACCGCAAGAACUCACGUGAAGGAGCAAGGGAGAAAGAAACGGAUCAAGAAGCAAUGGUAAUGGUGGCGGCGCAGCGUCGUGACGCGGAGGCGGAGCUGAACCUGCCCCCAGGCUUCCGCUUCCACCCCACCGACGAGGAGCUCGUCGCUUACUACCUCUGCACCCGCGCGGCCGGACGCCGGCCCCCGGUCCCCAUCAUCGCCGAGCUCGACCUCUACCGCUUCGACCCUUGGGACCUCCCGGAGCAGGCUCUCUUUGGCCGCCGCGAGUGGUACUUCUUCACGCCGCGGGACCGCAAGUACCCCAACGGGUCCCGGCCCAACCGCGCGGCGGGGACGGGGUACUGGAAGGCCACCGGCGCCGACAAGCCCGUCGCGCACGGCGGGCGGACGGUGGGGAUCAAGAAGGCGCUCGUGUUCUACCACGGGAAGCCACCACGCGGGAUCAAGACGGAGUGGAUCAUGCACGAGUACCGACUCGCCGACGCCGGAGGACGCGGCGCGGCCAACAAGAAGAAGGCCAGCACCGGCUCGCUCAGGCUGGAUGACUGGGUUCUGUGCCGGCUGUACAACAAGAAGAACGAGUGGGAGAAGAUGCAGCAGGAGAAGGAGAUGGAGGCUUCACAUUCGCACUCUCAGUCGUGCGGGGACACGCGAACGCCGGAAUCGGAGAUCGACGACGAUCCGUUCCCGGAGCUGGCCUCGCUGCCGGCGUUCGGUGACAUGGGUCCUGCCGGCGCUAUCAUGCCCAAGGAGGAGGUCAAGGAAAUGGACGAACUUGGCCUUGGCUCCGACGACUGGCUCUCGGGGAUCAACCUCGACGACCUGCAGGGCCUCUGCCCGCAGCCGGGGGACGUCGACUUGUACGGCUCCAUGCUGGUGUCGCCGAUGGGAACCAAGACGGAGCAGGACUGUGGCCUCUUCUUCUGAGCUCUUCUCCGAGGAAGGGCGCAACUGUGCAUAGUUCAGACUUGUUCAGAAUUCAGAGAAAAAAGAUUCUAUUAAAUCUACUAAAUAGUUGGCUGUAGUGUAGUGCAGUAGUAGUAUGGAGGUCAGUUAAGGAUUGGAGUCCAAUGUACUGAUGAUCGUCGUUGGAGCUGUGACAAGUGACAGCAUUCUUUUGAUUCUGGUCUAAAUUCUUAAUCUUUCUCAUCUGAUUAUUCAGAUGGGUACAUACUAAUACAGCCGUUUUUUAGUUC